AUGUCCCCAAAGCCUUUUGAUGAAGAGGAGAGUAGCGAUCUUGAUACGAUAAUUGAAGGACUCGGAGCUUGCGCAAAGCAAUAUUGGGAAAUGGAUAAGUGUUUAGAAGCCCAUAACCAUUCAUGGUCUGCUUGUCAAGCUUUUGUCUUAAAUCUCAAAAAGUGUUAUAAUGAACUUGAACAAAAGGGUCUACGUUCCGUCCAGAAUGAUCGUGCCAUUCAAGCUGAAAUUCAACGUUUAAAACUCGCCAAGAAAAAGAAAGAAAUGGAAAAAAAAGUCAUUACUGAAAAGAACAAUGAAUGA